AUGGAGCCCGUCAGCCUCCAGGGCCUCUCGGAGCUGGAGCGGGUCCGGCUGCGGGAGAAGAGUCAGGCCCGGGGCUUCAGCGUCGCCACGGCCGCCCCGACUCCCAGUAGCGCCGUGUGGAAGAAACUGGAUAACUCUUCCGGAGAGAAGAAAGGCGCGUGGCAGCUUGUCUCCGGGCGAUGGGCUCGGCGGGAACCGUUGUCAAGAUACCUGGACAUGAUCGGCCGGGAGCUGGAAAACCUAGAGCGGACCACUGAAGAGCAGUGUCUCCACCAGCUGAACGAGGACGAGAAAAGACAUCGGGAGCACACGAGGAGGAAACUCAGCCUUCGCAGAAAGAUCGAAGAGGAAUGGAAGACCAAAGAAAUGUUCCUUCUGGCCAAAAUCGGAGAAGAGGUCAAGAGAGAAACUAGGGUAGAGGAACUGCGGAAGAGAAGCCGGGAAGAGAAGGAUCGAAAGAAGCAGGCCCUUCUAGAGAGGAAGAUGGCCUAUCACUUACAAAAAUUACAAGGACACGAUAGCAGAAGAGAAGAGAAGAGGAGAAGUAUAACGGAAAGCCAAGGGCCGGACGGUUGGGCGUUGGAAACCGAAGACGUCGACAAGCAAGGUUCUUCUCCGAAGAGGAAGAAGACUAAAAAAAGCCAAAGACGCCACCAGCCGGAGCAGAGAUCAGCCGGCUUAGAGAAAGGACCCGCCGCCCAGGCCACUCCAGCCUCCUCGACUCUCAUAAAGGACAUCUUCAAAAAAUCGACCACCCCCGUGGUCUCUCACCGUGACUUAGAUACCUCCGGUGCCCCGGACCCCGACAGACACUAUCUGGAGGGCGUUCGGGUAAAACCGUGUUCUUCCGUGAAGGAGGUGACCGAAAAUUCCCAAGUUAUGCCCGAACCAGGUUUCUCGGAGCUGUCCGACCGGCUGUUGGCUCUCUCCGACCACAUUUUAGCUGUCCGGAACGCCGACCGACCGCCCCCCGGCAACCUCGGCGUCGGCGGCCCGCCGCCGGCCAAGAGACGGUUGACCAAGGACCGGAAUUUCGAACUGGGUGAGAAGAAGCUUAGCUUGCACGGUGAAACAGUCCAGUUUCACCAACCUCCAGUGCUCCCCCCGUCUCUCCGGAAGGCCAAGCCCAUCCAGGCGGCGGGGCCGGAGGCCGCCCCUCCUUUGGGCCUCACCGACUCAGACCGGAACCUCUUGCAAAGCGACUCCCACAGAAAGGGGCGGGCCGACGAGCUGGACGGCGUCGUCGAGAACAUCAUGACGUGGGUGGUGGCGACGGUGACGGGGAUACUGUUCCCGGCCAUCACCAUGUACGAGGAGAGGCUCCGGGCCUCCGCGCGCUCCCCGUCCGGGGACUCGUCCCCCUCUUCCGAGAGCUCCGGCGGGUGCAGCACCUGCAGCGAAGAGCCCCGGCGGAGGCACGCCGGCCCCCGAUCCGAAACGACCCCGGACGCGAGGCCGGUCGCCCCGCCGCCCGCCCCGCCGCCCCCCGGGCCCGCCCGGGCCGAGGCCUCGCCUCUCCCGGGGGCGGCCGCCUCGCGGGGAGAGCCCCGCGGCCGCAAGCCGUCGGCCGAGGGCACCGACGGGAAAACCGGGGGGUCGCCGGCGGCGUCCGCCGGCCCGGCCUCCGACGCCGACGGGCCGGGGGAGGAGCGGGCGGCCCCGGCGGAGGGGGCGGAGGGGCCGGCGGCGCCGGACGUCUUCGUUGGCUUCACGUGCCGGCUGCGAGACGAGACCGAGGCCAUCCUGGAGAGCGUCUUCCGCGAGAUCGCGCGCGACCUGGCGGAGGCCCACCCGCGGCUCAGCGUCGCGGCGGAGCUCCGCCUCGCGGAGCGGGGCCCGGAGGCCGGACCGGCCCCGGGGGGCUCCGUCUCCGAGACGGACGUGCGCCGCGUGGCGGGCGACAUCGUGGAGAACAUGCUCGGGAGGCUGCAGGCGGCCCUGGAGGCCAAGCGGAGCGAGAUCCUCCCCGGGGAGGAGCCGCCCCGGAGGCCGGCCCGGCCCCCGCGCUCCUCCAUCCCCUGCUCCCCGGGGCCCGCGUGCGACGUCGCCGACGACAUGGUGGGCGUCGUCCUGGAGGGGCUCGCGUCCUUGGCCCGCCGCAAGCGGAACGACCUCUCGGCCGGGAGGCGGGCCGUCGAGGCGCCCGGCCCGGCGGGGCCGCCCGCCGCCGAGGACGUCGCCCGGGCCCCGUGGGGGCCGUCCGUGGCGCGGCACGUGGAGGACGCCGUCGGGGCCGUCCUCGGUUACGUCAAGAAGGAGCUCGACGAGGAGCGGCCGUUCGUGUCCGAGGAGGGGUUGGGGCUCCUGCACCUGCUGGACGACCUCCUCGGGGAACUGGACGCCGGGAAGGCCGGGGAGGCCCGGGCCCGUCGGGGAGACCGGGAGCCGCCCCCGGGGGCCGGCCCCCCCUCCCCCAGCGGACGGGACUACAGGGCGGCGGCCUCCGGGGCCCCGCCGGCGGACCCCCGGGCCGGAAGGCCCGCCUCGCCCGUCAACGUGCCCGGGAUGGUCAUCUACUCGGAAGAGGAGACGGAGGCGGCGGAGCGGAUGGUGGCGAGCGCCCUCGACGCGUGCUGGGGGGACGGGCCGCCGUCGGGCCCGCGGGCCGGCCCCGGCCGGGCGGGCCCCCGUGAGGACCUGCCGGGGGCCCCCGGGAGCCCCCCGGGCCGGUCGCGCGGCGACGGGGGGGCCGCCGUCUUCGGCCGGGACGAGAAGAGGCGCGUCCGGCGGGCCGCCGAGAGCGUCGUGACCGCCGUCCUGUCCGAGACGUUCGCGGCCGGGGCGGAGGCCGGCCGGGGCCCCGGGGCCCCGGACCCCCCGGUCCCCGCGGCCGAGGUGAGGGCCGUGGCCCGCGAGAUGGUCGACGCCGUGCUGGCCGCCCUCCGGGCGGCCGCCCUCGGCCGCCCGACGGACUCCCUCCCCGCCCCCGCCGGCGGGGCGCUCGACCUCUGGUUCGAGAGCGGCAAGAAGAUGAAGUCCCUCCCGCCCCCCGGCCCGGACCGGGGAGCGCCCACCCGGCCGGGCCCCGGGCCGGGCGAAAUCGGGGACCGCCUCGACGCGAUGAUCUCGGAGCGGCUCGAGGCCCUGGUCUUCUCCCGGCCGCGGCCGCCGCCGGGGGGCGCUCCCGUGCGGGAGGCGCUGGAGGCCUACGCCGCCGAAGUGGUCCGCGUCGCCUUGGGCGCCAUUCAGACGGAGCUGGAGGUCAGGAGGGAGGAGCGACGGGCCCCCCGGGGCGUCUCCGACCGGGGGCCGGACUCGAGGGCGGGCCGCCUCGACGACGAGAUCGCGGUCGCCUGCGUCUUGGAGCCGCCGGCCGGCUCCCGGGACGACGGGGACGCCGCCCUCCCCGGGAGCCCGGCGGGGGACGGGAGCCCGGGCCGGCCCGCCUCUCCCGCCCCGCGGCGCCCCCUCCCCCGAGAGUGCGCGGCUCGCCCGUGCGUCCUCCACAGCGUGUUGGACGCCGACGACGCCGGAGAGCCGCGCGACCCCGAGCGGCUCAGAGCCCGCGUCCUGAGGGGCGUCGGCGCCACCCUCGGCGAGAUGCUGCAGAGGGUCGGGGGCGGCCGGGAGCCGGCGCCCCGGGACCCCUCCCCGCCCGGCGGCCCCGGCGAGGCGCGUCCCCUCGAGCGGCUGCGGGCGGCCCCCGACCUGGAGGCUCGGAUCCAGCUGGUGUCCGACGCCAUCCUGGAAGACAUCCUCGGGGGGCUGUGCCGCACGGAGGCGGACCGCCGGGCCCGGGACGCCGGAAGCGCGGGGGCCCCCGCCGGCCCGCCCCCGUCCGCGCUCGACGAGGUGGUCCGCUGCGCCGACGUCAUCUCCUCCGUAGCGGCCGCCGUGGCCCGGGAGAGCGGCGGGGAGGGGGCCGCCGGGGAGGCCGCCGCGCCGCCCCUCCCCCCCCGACUGAGAACGGUGGCCUCGGAGAUCCUCGGCCGCGUCCUGGCCCGGCUGGAGGGCCUGGCCGGGUCCGCCGCCGAACCCGGCCGGGCCGGCCGGAAGCACGGGAAGGUCACCUUCGCCCCGGCGGGGGCCGCGGGGGCCCCCGCGGCGGCGCGCCGGGACGACGGGGUCCGCCCGGGGGCGGGGGCCCGGGCCGUCCUGGAGGGCCAGGCCCGGAAGGUGUCGGGCGCCAUCCUCCGGGCCAUCCGGACGCAGCUCGCCGGACCGUCGGGGCCCUCCGGCCGAGGAGGGGCGGCGGGGGGCCCGUCCCGCCAGGAGAAGAUCGUGAUGAGCAACCUGGUCGAUCUGAUUUUGGACGCGAUGCCGCCGGACAUCUUCGGGGAGACGGGACUCGCCGAGAGUCCCGGUCCGGCCUCGGAUCUCGGGGCCCGGCGCCGCCUCCCGGGCGGGGCCGAACCCGAGGCCUCCCCUCCGGGAUCGACCCCGCCGGGCGAGGGGCCGCGGGAUCCCCCCGGGCGCCGGUGCCUGGAGAGGGCCUUACGGAGAAUGGAAGCGAAGCUCAGGGAACCCCAGAGCUCGCCCGUGACGCCCAUCGCGCGACGGGUCCUGAGGGAGGUCUCGCUCACGGUCCCCGGCCCCGGGACCGCGCCCCUCCCGUUCGCCCGCCUCCGGGCCGCCGGGGAGCCGGCGGGCGGGACCCCCGGGGUCCGCCCCGUCCGCCGGAGCCCCGGCCCGCCCGCGUCGGAGGCGGACGUCGCGGCCGUGACGGACGCCUUCGUUCGGACCGUGUUCCGUGAGCUGUACGCGGCCGUGGGGACGGGCCGGCGGGCGCCGGGCGGGGGGCUCCCGCCCGUCGCCCCGGAACCCGGCCUCCCCGCUCUCCCGGCCCGCGAGGAGGAGGAGGAGGAGGACAUGGUCCGCACGGCCCUGGCGCGGCUGGGGGCGUCGGCGAGGUCGAGGGCGGGGGCCCCCGGCGGCCCCGGGGCCCCGGCGGGACCCCCGGCCCCGAGCGACCGGAGGCUGCCCCGGCUCUCCGCCGGGCGCCUCUCCUUCCGCUCGGUACGUUUCGGCCGGGAGGCGGCGACCGCGCCGGAGGACCCUCUCCCUCUCCCCCGGCUGGACGCCUACGCGUCGGAAGCGGCCGGCCGGAUACUGCGGGAGAUCAAACGCGGGUUGGAGGAAGGCGCCGGAGGGACCCCCCCGCGCUCUCCCCGCCUAGCCGCCGACAGCGCGGAGGCCGGGCGGAUCGUCGACGCCGUGCUGGACGUCCUGUCGGCGAGGGGGAGGGCCGGCGGGCCCCCGCCGGAGGGGCCCGCCGGCCCGGGGCAGGGGGCGGGGCGGAAUAUCUUCCAGAGGGCCGGAUAUCGGUGGGAGCUCCAGGUCCGGAUUCGGGACACCGUCCGGGCCGUCUUGGAAGACAUCUCCGAAGAAACCCGGCGAGGGCGGCGGGUCUCCGCCCCCGGGGGGUCGGGCGGCGGCGGGCCGGCCGGCCGGCCCCCGGACGCCGUUCCCGGGUGGGCCGUGGCUUCGGUCGCCGGCGACGCGGCGGGUCUCGUGCUCCGGAACCUGACGCGGGCCUUGGGGGUCGCCCUCGCCGCUCGGGGGUCCGCCUCCCCCACCCUGCCCCCGCUCCCCCGCGGCCCCCUCUGCGUCCAAGAAGAGGCCGGCGGGGACCCGGCGGCGGCGGCGGCGGGGCAGAGAUGGAGGAGCGGGUUCCUCCGGACCCGGGAGGAGGCGGCCCCGGCCGGAGAGGCGAGGGGGCGGCGACCUAGCGCACUGGGGAAGGGCGCGGCCGAGAACAUCGCCAAGGCCCUCUCGAGCAGGUUGGAGACCUUCGCCGCGGAAAACCCGGCAUCCCUGUCGAGCCUCGCCCCCGAACCGGCGAGGGGAUCGCCCCCGCGGUUCUCCGAGCCCGGGCCGGGCGGCCUUCCGGCCCUCGCGCCGCCCGGGAGCGGCGCGGACGGAGCGGGGGAGGCCCCCGCCGCCCCCCGGGCCCGAGGCCGCUUCCCCGCGUACGCGGCGCUCGUCGCCGGCGCCGCCCUGAGGCUCAUCCAACGGGACCUGGACCGAGAGGUCCGGGCCGCGGGCCCGGAUCGGGACGACGCCUCCUCGCGCGAGAGGGUCACGGCCGGCGAGAUCGUGCGCGCCGGCCUCGAGGCCCUGUCCGCCGCCCCGCCGGGAGACCCGGGCCGGAGGAGGCCCUCCCGACGCGCCGCUCCCUCCGAUUCCCGAACGGCGCUCCGCGGGGAGGCCCCGGCGGCGGGGCCGGGCGGGGAGGACGCCGGUGACGGGACUCCGCGCCCUGACGAUCCCGGGGAUCCCGGCGGGUCCCCCGGGGGGAGCGAGAGGCGGGGAGGGCCCCCGGAGGAACUGCCGAGGAGGUGGCGGAGGUCGGGCCGGGGAGAGACGGCUCGGAUGUCGAGGGCCGCGGAGGAGGUCCCGAGGAGGGCGGGCCGGCGGCCGACGGAUCCGGUCCCGCCGCCGUCCCCCGGCCCCUUCUCGACGGGAGACGGCCGCCCCCGCCGCCCGGCCUCGGCCGGGCCGCCCCGGGCGGAGCUGGAGGCUCACGCCCGAGAGAUCGUGGGCGACAUCCUGGAGACCGUCGUGCGGGGCCUUCACCGGCUGCAGGCGGAGCGGAGGCCGGCGGGCGCGGGGCCCCCUCCCCCCGACUGGACGGCGGAGGCCGGCGACGCGGCCGGGGCCGUCCCGAGGGACCUGAAGGCCGCCGGCCCGAGCGGCCUCCCCCGUCGGGCGACCCCUCCCCGGGCCGGAGGGCUCCCUUCCCCCCCGGGAGGGAGAGGGGUGGAGACGCCGCCGGGCGGGCGGCGGGCGGGGGCCGGGGACCCCGAGGGCGCCCGGCGGGAGAUAGCGGCGGUCGCCGAGGACGUCGCGGGCGGGGUGCCCCCGGAGGCCCGGGGGUCGGGGCGGGCCGCGUCCCUCCCGGACGCGCCCCCCGCCGAAGCCGGGGAGAGCACGUGGCGCGACGGGCCCCGGGAGCCCCCCCCCGCCGCCCGCCGGGCGCAGGUCGAGCCGUUCGGCCGGGAGGUGACGGCCGUCGUCCCGGAGAAGCUGGAGCUGUGCCUUUCCCCGCCCGGGCCCUCCCCGGCGGGCACGGACCCGGCCGUCGGGAGGAAAGGCCAGACCCCUCGACGGAGUAAACGCGGGAGGCGCCCCCCUCCGUGGAAACGGGGCCCGGGCGCCGCUCCGAGCCGGCGAAAGAAAGCGAGGGCUCUCCCCGGCCCGGAGGCCGCCCGGGGGAUGGUCGCCGGCGUCCCGCGCGCCUUGGAGAGGUUCGCCGACGGGCAGUUGGGACUCGGGUGCGCGUGCGAGCCGGCGGAGGCGCCCCCGGACGGCUCCCGCCCGCCGCCCGGCGAGAGGAGGCCGCCCCGACCGAGGCCGUCGAGCGACCCGUCCGCCGGGGCCCGACGGGGCGGCCCCCCGGCGGGGGGCUCGGCCCGGAGGACGGCGGUCCGGGUCCACGCCUUCCACGGCGAGCUGCGGGGCCGCGCCACGGAGGCCGUCGGCCGCGUGCCCGGGGUCACCGGCGACCUGCUGGACGGGGAGAUCCUCCGGCCGGAGGCCGCCCCGCCGGGCGACGCCGGGGACCGCGUCCGGGCCAGCCGGGGCGUCCGUUCCCCGAUGGACCGGGGCGGGCCGGGCCCCGGGAAGGCGGUCGCGCGGCCCUCGCCGGGCAACGCGCCCGCGGGCGGCCCGGCCCCGGGGGCCGGCCGCACGUACCUCGUCUACCGGGCCGAGCCGGCGGCGGGGACCGGGGCGCCCGCCCGGGGGCCCGGGGCCGGCCGCCUCCGGGAAGACCCGGGCCCCGUCGACGUGCCCGGCGCGGUGGUCCGCGCGGAGGACGGAGGGAAGCGGCGGGAUGGGGCCUCCCCGUACCUCGCGCCGUCGCUCCGCUACUCCGCCGGCGAGGCCCCGGGCCCGGGGCCCCUCCCGGCCUCCGGGCCGAGGUGGUUCCGGAGAGACGGAGGGGCCCCGCCGGCGAGGGGCGGCCGGACCGACUCCCCGGAGCGGGGCCCGGCCUUCCGGGGAGGGGCCCCGCGGGAGGGCGGCGUCCGGGCCGGAUGGGGCGAGGAGGAGCGGGCCUCCCCCACCGGCGGAGCCGGAGGACCCUCGCCCCCCGGGGCCCCGGGCGGGAGCGGGGCGGACCCCGGACCCCGCCUCCCGGUCGGGGACCCCGAGGACGCCGGCGCGUCGCCGCUGAAGAUCCGCCUGGCGGCGGAGAGCAUCGUCGACGCCGUCCUGGGGGGCUGCGGGGCCCGGGAUCCCCCGCUCUUCCGGGGAGGCCCGGCGGAGACGCUCAAACCGUUCCUCGCCUCGCCGGAGACGCCUCCGCUCUCCGGGUCCCCCUCGCCGGCCCCCGCGGACCCCGGGGAGGGGCGGGGAGCCCCCCGGGACCGCGACCGGCCCGCCGGAGAGGACGCCCUGCUCUCCAGAUGGGAGAGCAAGCGGCCCCGCGGGGGCGGGCCGUCCGACCCCCCGAGACGACCGGAGGCCAUAACCUUCGCCGAGCGGGACCUGGGCCCCGCCGAGAUCCACCUGGUGGCGAGGCGGGUGGCGGAGGCCGUGGUCUCGUGCCUGAAGGGCCUGAGGAUUCGAGGUCCCUACGACCGCAAGGCCGCCGGCGUUUCCAUCCCGUCGCGGAAGAUGGCCGUCCGUCGGCCGGAGGCCCGGCCGCCCCCGGCGGGCCUCGGGCGGGCCCCCGGCCCGCCGUGGAUCGGGGAGACCGAAGCCUCCCUGGAGCGGCUGUGCCGGCACCUGACCGACGCCGUCGUCUCCCGGGUGGUCGCGCGGGUCUCCGACGGCCCCGCCCGGCCGCGGGCGCCCCCGGCCCCCGACCCGGUGGUGUCCGUCCUGUCCCGGGGGCCGGGGCUGAGGCGGACGGAGCGCCUCGCGGUGCCCGUGAGCGCCCUGGCCUCGGGCGUCGCGGACGCCGCCCUGCGGAUCCUCUCCGACGGCAACAUCCUGCGGGCCGCCCGGACGGGGGGCCGGCCUGCGGCCUACGGCUGGUGCCCGGGGGUGUCCGACGCCGACCUGGACGAGGUCUCCCGGGACCUCCUCGUGGCGGCGAUUCACGCGUUGUCCCGGGGGUUCCGAACCGGGGCCGGGCCCGGGCGUCGAGAACGACCCUCCCCCGAGCCGGAGGGCGCCCGCUUCCCGGGGGGCCGCCCGGGGGGACCCCGGGGCCUCGCGGACCGGGCGGCCCCGGGCGGCCCGACCCGGCCCCUCGCCGACAGGAUCGACCGCCUCCUCGGCGGCCUGAGGAGCGACGCGUCGAAAGAGCUGGUCGAGAAGGUGUUCCGGAUCGUGUCGGACCUGUUCCCGCCCGGGGACCGCCCCGGGGACGGUCCGGGCCCCCCGCCGUACCGCCUCGGCGCCGGCGGACCGGAAGACGACCUGGGCCUGUCCCCCGGGUCCGCCUUCCUGCUGAAGGUGGUGUGCGAGAAGCUCAUCCGGACGCUCCUGGAGCGGUGCGCCCAUCUCGAGCGCGACGCCCCCGGGGCUCUGCUCGAGGACCUGUCGGAGCGGCUCCUCCCCCCGGUUCGGAGGCCCGGGGGAGGCGACCCCCGGCGGCCCCGGAGGGCGGCGGACGCCGGCCCGGCGGAGCCGCGACGGGGAGGCCCGGGGUCCCCGGGGGAGGCCGAGGCCGAGGCCGGCCUGGAGCCGUCGGACUCCCUCCUGAGCGUCGUCUCCCACCGCCUGGUCGGGUCCCUGAUGGAGAAGCUGGCCGCCGCCGCCGGCGGUCGUCCCCCGCCGCCCCCUCUCCCCUCCGGGGGCGGGGACGGGGAGGCGGCCUCCGGCUCCCCGUCGGGGAGACCGGGACCGAGGCCCGCCGGAGGAGCCCCGCCGCCGCCCGGGGGUCCGGCCCCGGGAAGCGGGGAGACGGAAGGGGCGGCGGCGCCCGGGCCCCCGAGCCCGGCCGGGCCGGACGCCCACGUCUACUCGGCCACGUUCGUGGAGGCGGUCGUCUCCGACCUCUGCUCCCAGCUCUUGGUCGCCUUCCGGGACGGGGCCGGGGGCCUCCCGGAGGCGGGGCUGGACGAGAUGAACGCGCGCUUCGUGGAGCCCGUGGUGGAGGCCUUCAACCGGGCCCGGGUCCGCGUCCUCCGGGACGCGGAGGAGCGGCUGUGCUUCCCGCCGCUGCGCGGGGAGGCCGUCGACCGGGUCGUCGAGUCCGUCUUCGGCGAGGUGCUGCGGGGGUACCGGGCCCGGGCGGCCCCCGGGCGGGGGUCGGCCGGCGACCUCGAGGCCCUGGCCGAGAGGACCGCCCUCCUGGUCCUGGGAGAGAUCCCGGACCACCGGCUCCCGCCGUGCUUCGCGGGGAAGCUGCCGCCCGGCGCCUACUCCCCGCUGCGGGCCGAGGACGUCCUGCGGGGGCUCGGCGCCGACCUGCGGGCCGGCCCCGCCGCGUACUCCACCGUGCUGCCUCGCUCGUUCCUGGAAGAGGUGAUCCGGAGGCUCGUGGGGCGGCUCCUCCCCCCGCCGGCCGGGGGGCCCGGCGACGGGGCGGCGCGCGCCGCCGCCGAGGUCGCGCGGGCCGUCUCCAGGCACGGGAUCUGGCUGGCCGGCCGCGAGGCCGGGGGAGACGACCGCUCCGCGGCGGCCCCGCGGAGGAUGGCGGACUCGGUCUACGGCAACCUCCUGCGGCUGGCCGGCUCCCGGCGGGCCGUGCGGAGGAGCGUCGCCGGCCGGAGCCCGCGGGUCGUCGACCGGAUCGCCGGCUUCAUCGUUCAGGAGAUCGCGGACCAUCACCUCCGGCCCUUCCUGUCCGCCGGCGGGGCCCCCCGCUUCGGGGCCGAGGCGGACCCGGCCCCCGCCCCGGGCGUCUGCCCCGCGCCUCCCCCGGGGGACGCCCCGCCCGGCCUCUCGUCCGAGGUCUUCCCCCCGGGAGGAGGCGGGGCCGGAGAGCGGGCGGUGGGGGCCGGAGACGACGUGGACCGGCUCGUGGACUCGGUGUACGGCGACGCGCUGAGGCGGCACGGGCUGGACCCCGGGGCGGACGGGGGCCCGGCGGCGGCGGCCCCCUCGGACCGCCUCCCCCACCCCCUCUUCUCCGGGGAGCGGGCGGCUCCCCCGGCCGCGGCCGACGCCGCGGUCCGCACCCCGGGCCCCUACGGCACCGUGCUGCCGUACGCGUUCCUCGAGGACCUGAUCGUCGGGCUCCUGGCCCGGAUCUUCCCCUCCAGCCCCCCGAGGGGCGGGCCCGGGGACCCGCCGCCGGCCGGCCUGAACGCCGUGGCCUCGCAGCUCGUCGGCGACAUCAGGGCGAAGAUCUCGAGGCACGAGAUCGGGUUCUCCCGGGACGGGGAGGCGGCGGCCGUCCACUCGGAGGAGGAGGUCCAGAGCCUCGUGGACUCGGUCCUGAGCGGCGUCGCGCGGGAGUCCGGCCCGCGGGCGGGCCCGGCCGCCGGCGGCCCCGGGGACGUCCCGACCGACCGGAUCGCCGGGGCCGUCGUCCGGAGCGUCUGCCGCCGGCACCUGCGGCCGUUCGUGACCGGGAGGGGCCCCCCCCGGCCCGCCGGCGAGAGGACGCCCUGGUUGGGCCUCGGCGCCCGGAUCUACCCCUCCGCCUUCUUGGAGGAGAUCACCUCCGGGGUCGUGGCCGAGAUCGUCGGCGGCCGGCCGGGGGGCCCGGGGGGCCGGCCGGACGAGCGGGCCUCGGGGCUGGCGCGCGCGGUCGCCGAGGAGUUCGCCGGGGCCCGGGUCAGCGUCCUCUCCCGGGCCGCCGAGGAGGCCCUGGGCCUGCCGCCCGUCGAGAAGGCCGUGACCGCCGGGAUAGCGGACAGGGUCCGCCGGCGGGUCCUGGGGGUGCCCCGCUUGGCCCGUCGGGGCGACCCGGGCACCCUGGCCGCGGAGAUCACCGCGACGGUCCUGGCGGAGACCUGCCACUUCCAGCUCCAGGCCCGCCUGAAGGGGCGGGUCCCGCCCGACUCCUACUCGACCCUGGACGCGGAAGCGGUGGCUCGGAGGGUCCGGGAGCGCCUGGGCCCCGGCGGGCCCGCGGGCCGCGCCUCGCCCUUCUCCUGCGCCCAGGUGGAGGAGAUGGUCGCCCGGCUCCUGCCGCGGGCGGCCCCCCGGCCCGGCCCCGCCGACCCCGCCUUCCGCGAGACGGUCUCGGGCCCGGUGAGCGAGGCCGCGACCUCGGUCCCCGGGCACGCCGUCCGCGUCGCCGAGCGGGGGCCCGGCGGCGGGGGGGGCCCGGCGGCGGACCUCGAGCGCGCGGCGGCCGCCGCCUCCGCCGACCUCUCCCGGGCCCGUCCGGACGGCACCCUCCGGCCGGAGGGGAGCCGGGAUCCGGGUGGCCUCCCCGGCCCCGAGCCGGCGGGCUUCGGCGCCCGGGCCGUCGUCGACCACCGCCUCCGCUCCCCCUCCCCGGGAGGAGCCACCCGGGCCGAGGCCGCCGUCUCGCCGGCGGCGGACGGGGCCGGGGGCCGGCUCAGCCGGUCCCGGGUGGCCCUGGCCAACUCCGCCCCGUUCCUGGAGGAGGUCCUCUCGGCCCUCCUGAGCAAAAUCCUCUACGCCUUCGCCAACAACGUAUUCUACACGGACGGCCCGCCCGGCUCCGCCUCCAAAGUGACCGGCGUCGUGACGGGCCUGGUGGGGGCCGUCGUGGGAGAGUUCGCCGAGGCGCGGAUCGCCUUCACCGAGGGCCCGGCCUGGGACCUGGCCUCCUGCCCGAGAGCCCGAGAGAUGGUGGGCCGGAUGGUCGACUCCGCGUACGACGGCAUCCUGGGCGAAUACCGGUCCCUCAUCUUCCUUUACCGAGACGUCCAGAGGGACCCCGGGCCCCUGGGGCGGAAGAUCUACCAUUUAGUCCUGGGCGAGAUCUACGAUUACCAGAUGGAGGCCCUGGUCUCGGGCGAGGCGCCGGCGAGCCGCGCCUCGCUCAGGGCCGAGAAGAUCGUCGCCGACGUGCUGGGGGCCAUCGGCCCGGGGAGCCCGGCCCCGCCCUCGUGGGUCGCGGCGUUGCCCCGUUCCCUGGUCGAGGAGAUGAUCUACAAGCUCCUGACGCGCAUCCUGCCCUCGUACUCGCCCCCGGCGGCGCCCGAGGCGGGAGCGCCGGCCCCGCCCUCCCCCGGCUCCCCCGAGGCGGCUCCGCGGCCCACCCCGGACGUCCUGUCGGGAACCUCGGCGCGCGGGAUCCGGCCGGCCGCCGCCGGGCGGGGGACGCGGCCCGGGCCCGGGCAGCGGAGCCGGGAGGCGGCCGACGCCGUCCGCCGGAAGGUCCCGGAACGCCCCGCCUCGCCGUCGGGAGCGGAGGGAGACCCGGGGGCGGAGGCCGGGAGGGCCGUCUCCGGGGCGGCCGGCCUGCCGGUGAAGGAGCUCGUCGAUCGGCCCCUCGACCCGCUCCCGGAAGGGGCCGGGGCCGCCCCGCCGGGCCCGGUCGGCCGGAGCGAGACCCCCCGGUCGCCGAAGGGAGGGGGGCCGCCGGCGUCGGCGUCGCCCCCCGCCGUCUACUCGGCCGCCUUUUUAGAAGACGUCGUCUUGGGGCUCGUCCACAGAAUCUGUUCCCUGCCCGCUCCCGGGGGCCCGGAAGGAGACGUCCCGAGGAGGGCCGCGAAAUUGGUCGACUCGCUGACGGAGGAGUUGCGGAAGAACGACGUCCGGGUCCUGCCAGACGCCGAAGCGAAGCUCUCCUGCCCGCGGGUGGACGGGGAGACGGUCGGCAGGAUCGCCGACUCCGUGUACGAUCGGGUUUUGGAGAACUACGGCGGCUCCGAACGAGACGUCUACAGAGACCUGAACGAGGACGACAAGGCGCUGGUGGAAAUGCUCGUGGGCCUGGCGAAGAAGGCCACCUCGGCCUUCCGGCUCCGGCCCCUCUUUUCCGGAGGCUGGUCGUCCUUCCUGCUGUCGUUCCUCGAGCCCGGCGACGUACCUCACGGGGCCAAGAGCCCUCCGCCGGGGGCGACGGAGACGGUCCUCGCGGGGGAGACGCCCGGGCCGCCGGCGGAAGCCGCGCCGCUCGCGGACCCGACGCCCCGGCCGCCCGAAGACGCGCCGCACAGAUCCCAAAGGCCCAGGCCGCCGUCGAAAGCCACGCCGCCUGCCUCCGGAACGCCCCGGCCACCGAGAGCCGCGCCGCUCGCGUCCCAAGGGCCCGGGCCGCCUCCCAGAGCGACGCCGUUCGCAUCCGGAUCGCCCAAGCCGCCGAGGGCCCCGCGGCCCGCGCCCGAGACGCCCGGGCCGCCGCCGGGGGCCGCGCCCGAGACGCCCGGGCCGCCGCCGGAGGCCGCGCCGCUCGCGUCCCAAGCGCCCGGGCCGCCGCCGGCCGCACCGCUCGCAUCCGGGUCGCUUGAGCCGCCGCCCGGAGCCACGCCGUUUCCGCCUGAGGGGCCCCGGCCGCCACCGAAAGCGACGCCACCCGCGUCUGCGACGCCGAAAGCCUCGCCGCUCGCCCCCGAGGUUCCCGAACUGCCGCCCGGAGCCACGCCGCCCGCGUCCAAGACGCCCAAGCCGCCGCCCGAGACCGCCUCCUUGGCGUCCGAGACGGACAGCGGUCUGGGAGCCAGCUGGGAAGGUUCCCGCCGAAGCGCCGCUCGCCCUGCUAGCCCCAAGGGGAAAAGGUGCUCGGCGGACUCCGACUCGCACGGACCCCGGGUGCCGAAGCGGUACCGGCGGCGGAGGGCGGAACCGGGGUGGGCGGACGUGUACGAUGACCUGCCCGCCUCCUACGAGGACGUCCAGAACGUCAUCGAAAACAUCUACAGCAACAUCCUGUACAGUUCCGACUCCCAGCUCUCCGCGAGGGCGGGGAGUCGCUCCGUGGAUCAGCUGAGGAACGUGAUCCGGCGGCUCGUCGAAAUGCAGGAUCCGCCGGCCGCCGCCCCGCGCCAUUCGAGGGACCGGGGCGUCCCCCCGGCCCCCCCGCCGCCCCCGCCCCCCGUCUUCUCCGCUUCGUUUUUGGAAGAGGUCCUCACGGAAAUCGUCAACAAGUUGGUCUUCUCCUCCCCGCCGGGCGACCGGGACCGCGAGGAGCCCGAGGCCCGGGCCGGGGAGGGCGACGGAGGGCUCUUCGAGACGGCCAUGAGGUUGGUCGACUCCGUCGCCAGGGAGCUGGCGGAAGCGCAGGUCCGGGUCCUGAGGCGGGAGGGGGAGGCCGGGGGUGCGGCCUCCGCCGACCGGACCGCGGUGGACAGGGCGGUCCACUCGUCGGUGUGCGGGGUCCUGCGGGACUACGGGCCCCCCGACGCCAUCCGGGCCCACCUCGAGGAGGGGGACGCGGAACUGGCCGAGACGCUGACGGGCGCCGUGGUGGCGGGGCUCCUGGAGCACCGGCUCGACCCGCCCCCGCCCGGCGAGGGGCCGGACCCUCCCGGCUCCGUCCUGGAGCCCGAGGAGGUGGUGAGGAGGGUCCGCCAGGCCAGCGGGAGGAGCGCCCGGGGGCCUCGGCCCCCGACGCCGCCCGCCGUCACGCUGCCCCACGCGUUCCUGGAGGACCUGAUCGCCGCCGUCCUGGCCAGGAUCUUCUCGCCCCCCGCCGCCCCGCCGCGGGGGCCCCCGGGGGCCGGGGGGCCCGGCGGCUUCUCCGAGCUGGGCUUCGUCCAGAUGAAGCUGGUGAGCACGGUCCUGACGGAGAUCUCCAAGGAGCGGAGCCUGAGCAUCCGGGACGCGGAGCUCCCGGGCCCCGGCGACGACGAGGUCCUGCGGGCGGCGGCCGAGUCGAUCUACGCCCGCCUCCUGCCCCGGUUCGGGUCCCCCGCGGCCCUCCGGGAGUGCGCCGCCGGGGGCUGCCGAGUCCUCUCGGAGACCAUCGCGGACGGCGUGAUCCGCGAGGUGUCCGGCGACCGGCUGCGGACGUAUUUCUCCGGGGGGCUGACCCCCGGCCGCCGCGGGGAGGUCGACGCCGUCGCGGGCGACGUCCUCCGGGGGACCGGCGGGGCCGCGGGGCCCCCGCCGCCCGGCCCGCCGGCCCGCGGGCGGUCGCUGCCCUCGGACCUCUUGGAGGAGGUCGCCGUCAGGUUCCUGACCAAGCUGCUGUCCGGGUUCCCCCGGGGGAACCCCGGGGAGGAGGACGACGGAGGGCCCCCGGAGACCGAGAUGGCCGGCGUCGCCUCGAAGGUCGUCGGCUCGCUGCGGGAGUCGCUGUCCCGGAGCGAGAUCCGCCUGGUGCGGCUGGUCAGCGAGGCCCGCCCCUCGCGGAGCGGGGCGGGGGACCUCGCCGACCGGAUCGCCGACGCCGUCUACCGGGGCCUCCUGAGCCAGGCCGGCUCCCUGGCGGCCGUCUUCGAGGACCUGCUCGGCGAGGGCGGCGCCCCGGCCGACGCCAUCGGCUCCCUGACGAUCGGGGCGAUGGAGGACUCGGAGUUGCGGCCCGGGCCGGCGGGCGAGGCGGCCCCCGGGAGAGGCGACGGGGGCCUGGAGGCCGGCGGGAUCGUCCGGAGGGUCCUGGGGAUGGUGGGCGCGCCCCGGGCGCGCCCCCCGCCGCCGGCCGCGUUGGUCCAGGAGGCCCGGGUCCCGUUCCUGGCGAAGGUGGCGGCCCCGCCGCGGGCCGGGCCCCCGGAGAAGGGUCUCCCCGAGCCGGAGCUGCAGCGGAUCGCCUCCCGCCUGAAGCGAUCCGUGGAGGCGGAGACGUCCAGGGGCGACGGCGGCCCGGCGGCCGCGGGCCCCGCCGAAGACGUCGAGAGGGUCUCCCAGGUGGUCGACUCCAUCUACUCCAGCGUCCUCCGGGAAUCCGGGUCGGAGGAGGACCCCCUGGACGAGCUCCGGGGCCUCGGCGGCGACCUCCCGGAGAGAGCGGCCGGCCUGAUCGUCGACGAGAUCUCCGCCCUGCCGGGCCCGGCCGGCACGCCGCCCUCGCCCGCCGCCGCCCUCGGGGACGCGGAAGCGGAGGGGGCCGGGGCGGGGCCCCCGGAGGGCUCCGACGGCGAGGCGGGGGAGGGCCCGGGCCCCCCGCCCCGGCCCGAGGACCCCCCGCUCAAGGUCGUCCCCUGCAUCGGGGCCAGGCCGGUGAAGAUCGACCCGUCCAUCGUCUCCGAGCACCUGGCGGUGAUUUCCGUGAAGACCCAGUCCCUGGAGGAGCUGAAGAAGCAGUGCCUGUCCAAGACCGGGCUGAGCCUCGGGGAGCUCCGGAAGGCCUCCAUCGCCGGCAAGAGCUGCUCCUCCGGCGGCUCCAUCGGAGACCGCAAGAAAGAGCGACGCAUCUCCCUCGAUAACACCGGGCGGCUGGACGUGAAGCCCUUGGAGGCCGCCUGCCGCAACUCGUUCCAGAACGUCACGAAGCCCGACAUCACCCGGGUGGAGCUCCUGAAGGACGUGCGAAACAAGAAGGACCUGAUCAUCCGCCUGGUGGCUCACGACAUCGAUCAGGAGAGCCCGGGAGGCCGACGGGACGGGGACCGGCUGGAGGAGGAGGAGGAGGAGGAGGAGGAGGAGGAGGAGGAGAUUGUGCUCAAGGAAGAGGCCCCCGCCUUCUUCGCCGACACCAUCUUCGAGGAGGAGUCGGAGUCGGGCGACCUGGGCGCCUUCCAGAAGCCGUCGGGCAGCAGACCCAGCCCGCCCAGGCCCUCCCUGAGCACCAGCAGCCUGAAGAGGUUCCUGUCGUUGAGCAAGUGCUGCCAGGACGCCUCGACCGCGACCCCCGAGGAGGCCGCCGCCGCCGCCGCCCCCAGCCGGACGCGGGCCCCCGAGGAGGGAGCGGGGCACGGCGGCGGGACGUUCCCGCCGGGGGAGGCCGGCGUCCCGGCCCCCCCUCCCGCCGGGGGAGCCUCCCCGGACGAAGACGAGCCAGGCCGGAUCAGUGAAGAGACGCUGACUUCCUCAGAGCCCGCUUAUUUUCUGAUCCACAGGACCAUGAGUUCAUCGUCGUAUAACCAAGAGGAUUUGGCCUCUCCCCCACUCGGCGCUUCUCCCGGACACGUCCCCGAGGCUGAGGCUACGGUUUCCGGAGACCACGAGGAAGCAGGAUUAUCGGAAGAGAGCAUUGAGUUCUUCACCAUCUUUGAAGGGCAUCCUACCCCGGAGGGUUCGGAGGACACGGGGUCAGGCACAGUCGAAGGCAACGUGUCCAAGCGCCAGAUCAACGUUUUGGAGAAGGUGUCCUCCGCGCUCUCCAGAGUCUUCUCUCGGACCUCCGCCGGCCCCCCCGGCCCCCCCUGAAAUCGCCCCGUCCCGGGGCCCGGCCGCCCCCUCGAGAACAUUAAAUCCCCCCGGGGGCGGGGGGGUCGUUGGAAACGGCGGGUCGUGG